AUUAAAAACAAUAUGGCGACUGAAUCUUCAUCAGGCGCAAAAGAGAUACUUUCGCAAAUAUUUAACCGUAUCGAAGAAUUGUCGGAUGCCUUGGCAAGUACUGAGGCAUCUUCCAAUAACUAUGCUAGUGUUGAAGUUCACGACUCGGUUGAGAAUGAAGUAAGAAAGACGUUUGGACAACAUUCAUUAUCAUCAGGUAUGGAAGUAAAUCAAUCAAGUAAUACAACGCAGUCGCACUGCACAAAUCAUGCAUCCGUCACAGCUUCCUCUUCACAUCUGGCAACUCCUUCCUACAAUACCAGAAGAUAUUUCGGUGACCAACGGUCAACUAUGAGAUCAAAUCGUCGGAGGAAAUGUUCUAAAUCGAAAAAAGUUAGUACUGGGCCAUUCUCGCGUGAUCUUAUCUUACUAUCAGGUCCAGAUGACAAGAAUGUACCUCGUCAAGGAGGAAAAGUUUUUCUGCAGGAAAAUGGACACAUCAUCAGUGCGUUUGAAUUUCAUAAAGAGUGGACUGACAUUGACGUAGAACUUGAAAUACGCCAAGCUUUUCAAGGAACCCUGCCUGAUGACGUGGAAAUUGAGAUUGUGCAUUCUGUCCAUACAGCACUUCUCAAACCUACAUUAGCUCAAGGUCAAUAUUUAAAUGGUUCUGUAAUCAACAGAAUCUUUAGCAACAACAAACCAGUUUAUAUUAGGCCAUGUAGACAAAUCCUAAAUCAGCCUACAAAUAAAGAGAAACGUAAAAGGUAUAGUCUUCCAGAAAAUGUGUUUGACGAUGUUGAGGAUGAUGAAUUAUGGAGGCUAUCAAAUGAUUCAAGUCUUAAUGAAAUCUUAACUAACAAUUUUCAAGCAAAUCAAGUUCAAUUUGGAGAAACAAAUCAAGCUACUGUGGUCAUAGAUGAACCCUUGAAGCAACAUGAAGCCAUUAAUGAUAAGCAGCUUGAUGAUGCUGUUGCAGAUAUGAUCAAUCCUGGACCUUCUACUGAAAUGCAAAACAACCAGUGUGAAUUGUUUGAAACAAACUUGGAAGAACCAUUUGAUUUACAAGAUGAUGGAGACGUAAAUAUUGAUGCAGAUGGUGAAUUGUACAGUGGAUUUAUUAACUUUGGAUAUUUUCCUGUUACUUUGUCCAGUGCAUUUAUUGCUUCCUGUCUUUUUUCGGAGGACGCGAUUCCUAAGGAUUGGCUAGUAGAGUCUUUUCAUCAAUAUAUAUCAAAGGACGAAAGUGACACUUUAAAAAGAAGUAUCAGUGAUGAAUGCCCCGACCCGUCAUUGGACGAAGAUGUAGCUGACGUGCUUUCAAGUUUUAAGUGCCGCAGGGUGAUUAAAAAGAGCUCGAUGCCAAAAAUUAUUGAAGAGUUAGCCCAUCAAGAAAUAAUACAGCGUCCAAAAUACGUGGCUAAUGCAUGGUCACCGAUCCUGAAGCAACUGAAAGGUUUUAAGCAAUUUGAAACUGUUGAGAGUUUGUAUGUUACUGGUAGCAACAUCAUUGCAGUUGAUUCAAUCGAGGUUGCAUUUAGUGAUGAAUCAGGUAACGCACGUCGACCUGUUGCGCACACAUGUGCUCCUCUACUGAUAAUACCAUCAACUUACCAGUCAUACAACGAACUGUCCGAGGAAUUCAAUAACAUUUUUCGACGAGAAGCUGCAUGGUCAUUUUACAUAGUUUAA